GGCGCCCGCGGGCGCCCGCAGCUGCGGCCGCGGGCCCCUGCUCCGGCGGAUCGCCGCCGCGUGGCCCGCCGCGCCUGCGCUGCAGGGUGCCGCCGCGGCGGCGGGAGCGGAGGACUCGGAGGAGCCUUCGUCCGCAUGGUAGACGCCGAGAACUACAUAGCACCUGAGGCGCGGACGUAUUUGGAGGUGUUGUGCAAGAAGGUCGAGGCUGCCACUGGCACCAAGCUCUUCGUCGUAGCCCCACCUCGCAAAGCUCUGCCGAACGGGGACGACCUCACCGACUACCUGAGGGAUGUGAAAAAGAGGGUCGGCAUCGACAAGUCGAGCGUGGUCAUCAACGUGGGCUCGAACGCGUCCCCGAAGCAGUAUAAGCUCCACGGUGUGACCAGGGGCGGGAAGGUGAAGGAGCAGUACCAGUUCAAGCUCACGUCGGACCAGCUGGACGCGGUGGUGAGCCGCUUCGGCACCAGCGACGCCGUGCAGAGGUUCAACCCGCAGGGGGAGAAGUGGAGGGGGCGGCCCUCCCCCGGCUUCGACAAGUCCGUGGUGCUCGUGGCAGAGCAGGUUGGCGCCUGCAUCGCGCUGGCGCGCCGCAGGAGCACGGAGUGCAACAUCCAGCCGCUGGCGGAGGAUCGGAUGGGGUCAGGGAGGUGCUCGAGUCCAUCGACGUGCUGGCGAACAGCGAGGUGCGAGCCUGGAGGGCCGCGCUGUGACGGCGCGGCGGCGCGGCGCGGCGGACGGCCGUCCGGGCGCGGGCCCGCGAGGGAGCUCUCAUGGCGCCAGCAUCGCAGAGCGGACUUCGUUCGGAGAACAAUCUCAUGGGCUUCAGCCGAGAAGCUGGUGGAGGAGCAGGUGGAGUGGGAGGAGAGAGACCGUGCUGCGCAGUGAUCCGGGCGGCGCCUCUGGUGUCCGACUCUUUCGAGGCGCGGCGCAACAAGCGGGGUCUCAAAAUGAUUCCACCAUCGCCACCCGUUGCAGCCUUGCGCCGUGCGCGCUGCAGUCUACGCCCUCUCCUUGCACGCGGCCCGGUGACGCAAUGCUCCCUGAUCCCUCGGCGGCAGCCGAUCGCCUAUCUAAGGCGCACUAUGGGGGCAGUCCUCUGGACCAGAAUUCGCAUGAAGUCCUCUGAACCAAA